CCAAGAACUUCUUUAAAUUCUCUUUCAUUCCACUUCAUUCCUUAGGCUUUUCAGCACCUCUCCUUUUGCUCUCUCUCUCUCUCUCUCCCUCUUAUUCUUUUUAUCACUCUUUCUUUCUCUCCUUAAGGAAAGAUGGGGUUGCCGCCUUCUGGCUUCAUCAAACAAAGCAUUAUUUUCCUCAAGUUAUACAUAAUUCUAUACAUCAGUUGCAUACCUGACAGCACCAACCACCUUUUUGCAGCCCCAACAAUUCCUCCCCAUUUUGGUUCCUCUGAUAUAUCCUCUUAUGAACUGCAAACACUGGAAUUGGAUGGAUACCUCAGCUUUGACAAUAAUCAUAAAGCAGCAACCGAUUUUGGAAACAGAUACAAUUUAUACCCAUUAGCUGUCUUACAUCCAAAAUCCGUCUCCGAUAUUUCGAACACGAUAAACCAUAUUUUCAGCAUGGGAUAUGCGUCUGACUUGACGGUUGCAGCUAGAGGCCAUGGACAUUCCAUCCAAGGUCAAGCUCAAGCCUAUAAUGGUGUAGUUAUCAAUAUGGAAUCAUUUCAGGGGCUAGAAAUGAAAAUAAAUGCAGGGGAAUUACCUUAUGUGGACGUUUCAGCUGGAGAGCUGUGGAUAAAUAUCCUGCAUGAAACUCUUAAACAAGGGCUGGCACCAAAAUCCUGGACAGAUUACCUGCAUCUUACUGUUGGAGGCACCUUGUCAAAUGCUGGCAUUAGUGGGCAGGCCUUCCGGCAUGGACCCCAAAUCAGCAACGUAUAUCAGCUCGAAGUUGUCACAGGAAAAGGGGAGGUGUUUGCCUGUUCAGAGAAUCAAAAUGCAGACCUUUUCCAUGCUGUUCUUGGCGGGCUUGGACAGUUUGGCAUCAUAACAAGGGCAAGGAUUUCUUUGGAAAAGGCACCAAAAAUGGUAAAAUGGAUAAGAGUACUUUACUCAGACUUCUCCAAAUUUACAAGAGACCAAGAACAUCUAAUAUCAUCCAAUGAUCAAUUUGAUUAUAUUGAAGGAUUUGUAUUUAUUAAUAGAACUGGUCUCCUCAAUAACUGGAGAUCUUCUUUUAAUCCCCAAGAACCACUGCAAGCCAGCAAAUUCAAUUCAGAUGGAAAAGUUUUCUACUGCUUGGAAAUAGCAAAGUACUUCAACCCAGAUGAACUUGACUUUAUAAACAAGAAAGUUGAAAGCUUAUUGACAGGAUUGAACUAUAUUCCAUCCACCCUCUUCACAUCAGAAGUUACUUACCUGGCUUUCCUGGACCGUGUCCACGUCUCCGAAAACAAGCUACGAGCUAAAGGCUUAUGGGAAAUUCCUCAUCCAUGGCUAAAUCUACUGAUCCCUAGAACCCAAAUACACGAUUUUGCUCAAGAGGUCUUUGGUAACAUCCUCAAGGAUACUAGCAAUGGCCCCAUCAUAAUCUACCCAGUUAACAAAUCCAAAUGGAACAACAAAACAUCUUUGGCCACUCCAGAAGAGGAAGUUUUCUACUUAGUGGCUUUCUUAUCUUCUGCAGUUCCAUCUUCCAUACGAACAGAUGGGUUAGAACACAUUUUAGCACAAAAUCAAAGAAUUUUGGAUUACUGUAUUGAGUACCUCCCUGGUGUCAAGCAAUACCUCCCCCACUACAGCUCCCAAGAAGAAUGGCGAGCUCACUUUGGCCCUAAGUGGCAAACUGUCUUGCAGAGGAAAUCUAAGUAUGAUCCUUUGGCAAUUCUUGCUCCUGGCCAGAGGAUAUUCCAAAAGGGGAUUUCCUUCUUAUGACAGUUGAAUCUGAAUAAGCAACAAAUAACAAGUUCCUUGAAAAACUGUAAAUUAAUGAGAAACCACAUUAUGUUGCUAGGGAUCUCAUCAAUUAUCAGAAAAAUAGAACAAACAAACACCUAAAUAUCAUGUGGAAUCAGAAACUUUAAACCAAUGCCCAGUUGCUUGUCCCCAAUAAUAUAAUUGGGACAGUCCUGUUCUACCCAUUUCUUAUGCAUUCAUCUGUAUAUAUACAUAUGCAAUGAAGCUGAUUUUCUU